UCACUUUUUAAAUGUAGCUACUAGAAAACUUAACGUUAUGCAUGUGGUUUACAUACUCUUAUUGGAUAGUACUGCCCUAAGUCUCCUGGAGGCCUCCCCUGUUACCUUCUUUAGUUGUUUUAUGGUCUGACCUAUCUUAUCCAUUUCUUCCUUUUCUAGUAACUGCUUAGGUUUAGAAGGUAAAAUAGCAAGUCAAACUUUGUGGCCAACCUUUAAGAGGAUUAAAUGAGUGCAUGGAUGGACAAUGAAAAUUUUCAAUUUUUGACUUAUGGAUUGGUGCUACAAUAUUAGAAAAAAAGUGGGGAGUGGACACAGAAUAGCCUUCACUAGUGUCUGUAGAGAUGGACUGUAUGCAUACGGAGGAUUAAAGAGGGAAUACAAGAAUCAUUCUGAGGAAAACCCCACCACCAUACACACACCCUGAAGUAGGACAAAAAAUGUAUUCCAUCUCCAACCUUCCCCACCUGUCUAGGCUUUUUUUUAAAUCUGUUUUUCUUUUGGCUACACUAAUUUGUCUCUCUUCUUCUAUGUGUACUAAUUUAGACUGCUCCCUUGAUGGAAUGUGGCUAUUAAAAAGAUGAAGAAAAACUGCUGGAGAUAACAAUGUGGGGUGGUGUAGCAGAUGUAAAGACCAAACAACAUUGAAAGAUGUUUACUUAAAUUGAAAAAGACCUUAGAGAUCACCCUGUUCCAUCUUUCACCCAAAUCCAUAACCCUUUAAUAUACGGAAUAAAGGCUGCUAGUGUUAGAACAUCAGUAUUCAUCUAACAUACCAAAUAUAUACUGAGAAAUGGGGAAAUCCACUAAAUAUGUAUUUUUCAACAGGGAAAAAACAUGAAGAAGAAAAAACAUGAUGCUAUUGUUUGUGAACCUAAAGAACUUCUGAAUCCCUCUCCCAAAGUAACAAAUUGUUACAAAUCACUGUGGGUGAAAUACAGUGUUCAGAAGGCUUACAUGACCCAACUUGUCAGCUCCCAGCCAGUUUCAGCCAUGUCAAGGAACCCAGGUCACAACCCACCUUCUCAGCCCAAGGAGAAUAGCAUUGGCCAGAACCAUCACCAGGAAGAAGUAAUCCACAAAUUGGCCAUGCAACUGAGAAACAUUGGGGACAGCAUUGAUCAUAGGAUGGUUCAAGAGGAUUUUCAACAGGAAGGCAGAGCUAUCCUGGCUCAUUAUGUCUUAGUUUUCUUUGGAGGAGUUCACGUGUUGCUGCGCUUUCUCUGGAAUAACCAUUUGAUGUAAAAGGAAUGUAAAUGUCAGGUUCUGCUUUCCUUCUACCCUUUGACAAAACAUGAAUGCACCAGGGCAGAUGGGAAGAAGACCCUUCUCCACCUCCCUCUCUUUCCACCCACCACUGGUGUUUUAUGCCUGGUUUGUUGGAGAACUGCGGACUCACUGGCCAUUCGUCUGUUCAGGGCAACCAGAGAGGAGACGUCUGUGAUGGCCUCAUGGUAGAGCCCGAGGAGCUUAGGAACCCAGGAGGUCGUGCUGCUUAGAAAACACCAGCGCUGUGGAUGUCCCAGCGCUCCUUGUAAGGAAACCUUCAGCGUUUCCUUCCAUGAGUGAAAUAACCUCAUCCCCAAACCAGAGGUCACAGAAAUGGGUGCUUUCUCCUGGGCCCCCUCCCUGGGUACCAGGCCCUCUAGUGACUGUUGGCCCCACUCCUGUUGCCCAUGUCCAGGUCUGCAGUGCCCUGUCCUCCUUUUACCUUCCUGUCUACCUCAUAUUCCCUCCCUCCCCUCCUUAAGAAGUACAAGUAUCAAGAAAGUUUGUUGCUGUAAGUUUGUAUAUGCAUUUUGAGUUCUUUGUAGGGAGUGUUAUUUAAAAAAUGAAAUAAACAUGGUUAUUUUAUUGAGCAUGAGACACCUGUGCAUAAUUUUUUUUUUGAUGGAGAAAUUCCAUUUGUCCCUGC